GUGACAGUUGUUUAGAACUUUGUUUUCUCUAGCGAUUACCUAUAGAAGUAAAUAAAACAAAAAUGUUUGGUAAAUAGCGAAAAAAUUAAACUUUUAUGUUUACACAAAAAUAAAUUUGGAUUGCUUCAAUAAUACUCUUUAAGUUAUGGAAAAAGAAAAUACAGAACCAGAUUGUGCUAUUUGCCUGCAAAAACUUCAUCACCCUACACAGCUACCUUGUGGUCAUGUAUUUUGUUUUCUUUGUGUAAAGGGUAUUGCAAUACAGAGUAAGAAAUGUGCCAUGUGUCGAACUCAUAUCCCAAGGGAUUAUUUUGAUCAUCCAAUUUUGUUAGAGAAACAGCCAUUGGAUGAAGUUGAUGAAGAUUGUGAUAAUAAUAAACAUCAGUGGUAUUAUGAGGGUAGAAAUGGUUGGUGGAAAUAUGAAGAAAGGAGCAAUGCUGACUUAGAAGCAGCUUUCACAUCGGGGGUCAGCGAGUGUCUAUUGCUACUGGCCGGUACCAUUUACUGUGUGGAUUUUCAAAACAUGGUUCAAAUAAGACGAAGUGAUCCAACAAAAUUGAGACGAGUGAAACGAGAUAUACCAACAUUUCCCUCUAAAGGUAUUGCCGGCAUAAAGAGACUUGAUCCACAACAAGAAAGUGGCCAAACUGGGCAGGAUGUAAGAGAUGAAAAUACUAACAGUCUACAGGAGGGUAACGAAAUAGAUGUAAUCAAUGUUAGUGAGGAAUCUUUGGUUGAAGUUGACAACAGCUCCAUUGAGAGUUUAUCGGAUGGAAUAAGGAAUAUCACUCUGCAACAUAACAAUGCCGUAGACGGAAGCCAUGUUAGUUCAUUAAAUGAAAAUGAUGAACCAUCGUCUGAAGACACAUGACCGUACAAGGAAAAACAUGUUUGAUUUCAUUGUCAAAGUAGUUGUACUAUUAUAUUAUUUAUUUUGGUUAAAA